AGCCAAUACACUGAAAAUGCUUGCGAUUAAUUGGCAUGUUUUGAAAGGACUGAUAUUGUUUGUUCCCUUUGACAGUCCUGGCCGAGAUGGUCACGUUACAUUGCAUUCUUUUCCCGAACAUAUAAAAUAGUGGCCCUGGCUGAAACGCCAUGAACGACUCCAUAGAGGUGGGACUCGACAGGUAAAGCAAGAAGCGCAAACAUGAACGAGAGUGUUUAGCAAACACGGAACAAAAGUGUUCAGCGAACAUAGAGCUCGACCAUCUACCACCUACUCCUUCCAUCGGAUCGAGUUUGGGCCUCGCCGUCGAAGCGAUUAGAAAAGCGCAUACAGACACCGAUGCACGUCACAGCCUUUUUUGGAAUACUCUGGAUAGGCGCGAUCCCAAGACCAAACCCCUAUCCAAUAGUCCACGCGCAGCCAUCGUUUGCGCCAGAUUCAACAGGUGCGGUUCGAUCUGGAAAGUUUCUAUAGGAAUGUAGUCAAAGGCGGCUCACCUUCAUAAGGCACCUUGAAACACCCGGCGAGCACACUCUGUACCAAUGAAAUAUCACGUACAUGCAUGUUACUGGUUUGAAACUCACCGUUUACAACGCAAAGAGUCCACCCAUGGUCAAAGAUCCAGCCGCCAAGGCAUCAUGGCUUUCACGGAUUCACCACGCACGCUUCAAGCCUGUUACAACACAAAGAAUUCACGUAGCUUUAGUUUGAAACGCACCUGCUUAAGACUCCACGCGUGGGAACGCAAUGCCCUGACACGCAAUUCCAUCUUGACCUACAAGAUUCACCAACUACACCACGUCGCUUGUAUUGGUAUGCUAGAGCCCGCACGUCAGUUUCUCACCUUAUAUAUGGAAACUUGGGGAAAACGGGCCAAAAAUGCGAUGCUGGUUGCUGCUGAUCGGUCUCGUUCCUGUCGGAAAGGAUGAAUACCGACAUCAAUACAUUGGGUGAGUAUUGAGUAUCGUUCUGCCCCAACUGCCCAAGGGCAGAAACGUACACAGAUUGCAAACUGAAAGAGGUCGGAGGGGGAGGAAAGCAGGGCGGCCUUAAAUAGACCAGCAAGGAACAGGAUCACGUCCAUGGAGUUGUGGCGCUACAAUUACAUUCGCCGAAAGAAGGUCGUUUCCAUGCCGAGGUCAAAGGAGUAAGAAGGGUCCUUGGCGUUCGCGUGUCAAUGCGGAUACCAGCGCGGAUAUGCGCAGCACAUUUCACAUGUAAAUGAAUUCCCACUCAAACAAAGGAGGAAGCGCAGUACACGGAUAUCUCUGUAAUCUCAUCAAUUAUUAUCUUAUUUAAACUAUGCACAAUCAACAGAAAAAUGACAGAAAAAAGUUACAAC